GGAAAAAAAAAAACAAUGUCUACAAACUGCAUCGACGCCGCUCAACCUUUCGACUUCGAAUCCCAUCUCAAAAACCACUCUAUUCGAUCCACGUCCCUCAAGAUUGCCAUUGUCGGCUUCGGCAACUUCGGGCAGUUUCUCUCCAAAACCUUCCUCCGCCACCACCACACUAUCCUCGCUCACUCCAGAACUAACUACGCUGACCUCGCAAACCACGUCUCCUUCUACUCCGACCCAAAUAACAUUUUCGAGCAACACCCUGUCGUCGUCCUUCUCUCUACUUCCAUUCUUUCAACCGAAACUCUCCUUCUAAAACUACCCUUUCAAAGACUGCGCCGAAACACUCUUUUCGUCGACGUUCUUUCAGUGAAAGAGUUCCCCAGGAACCUUUUCCUGAAGUAUUUACCUCUGGAUUUCGAUAUCUUAUGUACCCAUCCCAUGCUCGAACCCGAAAGUGGUAAAACGUCGUGGGCCGGGCUUCCUUUUGCUUACGACAAAGUGAGGAUCGGGGACGAGGAGAGUCGAGUGAAGAGAUGCGACAGGUUUUUGGGAAUUUUCGAGAAAGAAGGAUGUAGAAUGGUGGAGAUGAGUUGCAUGGAGCAUGAUAACUACACGGCGGGGUCUCAGUUCGUGACUCAUACAAUGGGGAGACUGUUGGAGAAGUUCGGGUUAGAGUCUUCGCCUAUUAACACCAAAGGGUACGAAACAUUGUUGAAUUUGGUGGAGAAUACUAAAGGGGAUAGCUUUGACUUGUAUUAUGGAUUGUUUAUGAAUAACCAGAAUGCUUUGGAGCAGUUGGAAAGGUUGAAUAUGGCAUUCGAGUCUAUUAAAAAGGAUUUGUUUGGGAGGCUCCAUCAGGUUUACAGGAAGCAAUUGUUUGGGGAUAACGUCGAGGUGGAGAAAAAGAUGAGGUUUCCUCAGAAGUUGUUAGGCAAUGGAAGUUUAAUUGAAUCUCUGUUGGAUAAUGUUAGACAAGAUGGAUCUUGAAGUAAAAAAAAAUGUUUAAAAACAGAGCUGUUCUGUUCCCUAUGGUACGAGUAUCUAUCGCUAUUUGUCAAGAUGUUAGCUUUGUGUUCUUUUCAAUAAUUUUAAAUAAACUUAGCCUAGUUGUUGCUGC